AUGUUCAAAUUUAAUCCAGUAGAACAUAAAAUCAAUAUUUGUAAAGAAAUUGAGAAAAUUUAUUAUUUUAAGCAUAGUGAGAAUGUCGAUGAAGAUGAUAAAGAAAUUUCAUUACUUGAAUCAUUUAAUUACUACUUGAAGAAAGACCAAAUUAAUGAUAAAAGUUUGGAUAUAGAUGACUUAAAAAUCACAAAAUAUUUAAACGAGAUUAUCGAGCUACGAAAUACACUAUGCA